GCUCACUGUGACCGUCACAGGUAUGGAGCGGUCCCAGGAAUGGACCACCGGGCUGGGCAGCAGUUCAGGGUUGGGGUGCACACAUGGGGUGCCCUCUGGGCCUGGCCUCGCCCUCUCUCUCUCCAGCGCUGACACAAACCCCGGACAUCCACGUCAAGAAGCUUCUGGAGGCCGGUCGCCUGGGCCACCUGGUGUGCUCCCUGCCCGGGGCCUGUGCUCUGCUGCCGGCUGGCACUGUCUCCUGGGACGGGGCUGCUGCCCUCAGGCUCCAGGCGCUGGGCUCCUGGGCCUCUAGGUACCCAGAAAUCGUGCUCAAGCCCCGCCCGCAGGACCACGGCACCAACCUCACCUGCCGGGUCACCUUCCCAGGGGCAAAUGUGAGCAGCGAGAGGACCAUCACGCUCAACGUGUCCUAUGCACCACAGAACCUGACCAUCAGCAUCUCCCGAGGAAGCCACACAGAGCUGGAACACGUGGGGAACGGCUCAGCUCUCCGGGUCCGGGAAGGGGACUCGCUCCGCCUGCUCUGUGUCGCCGACAGCAACCCUCCCGCCACGCUGAGCUGGGCCCAUGGCAACCGGUCCCUGAGCCCCUCACAGCCCCAGGAGCCCGGGGUCCUGGAGCUGCCCCGGGUGGAGGCGCGGCACCAAGGCAGAUUCACCUGCCAAGCUCAGCACCCGCGGGGCUCCCUGCGCGCCUCCCUGCGUCUCCGCCUGCAGAACCCCCCGCAGCUGCUGGGACCCUCCUGUUCCUGGAAGGACCAGGGUCUGCACUGCAGCUGCUCCUCCAGGGCCCAGCCGGCCCCCUCCCUGCGCUGGCGGCUGGGGGCGGGGCUGCUGGAGGGGAACCAUGGCAACGCGUCCCACGUGGUCAACUCCAGCUCAGAGGGGCCCUGGACCAACAGCUCCCUGAGCCUCCGCGAGGGGCUCAGGGAGGGACUCAGACUCAGCUGCGAGGCCCGGAAUGUGCACGGGACCCAGAGCGCCUCUGUCCUGCUGCUGCCUGGUCAGGGCCUGCUGGGCGCAGAGGCCACGGAGAAAGGAGUGGGGAAGCCCGCGCUUAGGGAAGCAUUCGUCCUGGGGGCUGUCACGGGAGCUGGUGUGGUUGGGCUGCUCGGUCUCUGCCUCGUCGUCUUCAUGCUGCUCAGGGGUCCCCGCCUCCCCUUCAGAGUGAAGACCCGCAGGAGGGGCGCACCCCGGGCUGCAGCUGGCGAGAAGGAUGCCUCCUCCACGGGGGGUCCCGCCUCCUCCACGCGGGGUCCCGCCUCCUUGGGUGGCCAGCGUGAGUGUCGGCCAGGCAGCCAGCUAGACCACCCGUCCCCAGCUGCGCCCCCCGCUGCCGCCGCCCCCGCCUCCGGGGAGGAGCUGGAGCUCUAUUACGCCACCCUCAGCUUCCAGGGGCCGAGGCCCGGGGAACGGCCUGACCAGGAGGCCACCACCAGCACCACCGAGUAUGCCGAGAUCAAGAUCCACACCUAACGGGACCCCAGCUCCCGGGACCCCUGGCUUCUCGGGGAGGGGAGACAUCAGGGACAAUUCCCAAGAACGAGCUGACUACGCGGGUGUCCCACUGGUGCCGUGAUGGGCAGAACUGGCCUCAAAUUUCAGCCCGUCUCCAACCGCGAGCAUGAGUCUGAGCAAGUCACUCUACUUCUCAGUCUGCCCUCUGUAACACAGACACAGUAAACCUAACCGGACCCCGGCCGAUGUGGCUCACUAGCUGAGCGUCCACCUAUGAACCAGGAGGUUACGGUUCGAUUCCCGG